UCUUUGGACUCGGUUACUGCAAUUACUCUGACAAACACGUGAUCCGUCUGCUCUCUCUCUCCAUUCCCUCUUUCUUCGUUCAAUUUUUCUUAACUUCAACAUCCCGGCAGCCUCUUUUUUUCCACACUAGCAAAUUCUUCUGCUUACAAGAUUGAACUUUGCAACGCUGGUGGUGGGACUUCUCCUAAACUCUUUCAAUUUCUCAACUGAGCAGUCGCUAGUUUGGCUCCCCAGAUCUGCUUGUGCUGAAGAAGAAAUGGGUGUAAUUUCCCGAAAGAUCUUCCCGGCAUGCGAGAGCAUGUGUGUUUGUUGCCCUGCUUUGAGAUCUCGGUCACGCCAGCCUGUCAAGCGUUACAAGAAAUUGCUGUCGGAGAUAUUUCCCAAGUCUCCUGAUGGUCAUUCAAAUGAUAGAAAGAUUGCGAAGCUAUGUGAAUAUGCUUCUAAAAAUCCUUUACGGAUACCGAAGAUUGCUAAGUAUCUGGAGGAAAGAUGUUACAAAGAACUGCGUAGCGGUAAUGUCAAACUUGUCAGUAUUGUGGCGGAUAUAUACAACAAACUGCUUUGCAUGUGCAAGGAGCAAAUGGUAUAUUUUGCUGUUAAUUUGUUGAAUGUAGUUUUUGAACUGCUGGAUGACUCUAAGCAAGACACCGUGUUGGUGAUUGGAUGUGAUACACUGACUACUUUUAUUUAUGGCCAGGUUGAUGGAACUUAUACACACAAUAUUGAGAACUUCGUUGACAAAGUUUGCAUACUGGCACUUAAGAAAGGCGGUGAGCAUGAAAAGAGUGGUUUAAGAGCAUCAAGCUUGCGGUGUCUUUCGUCAAUGGUGUGGUUCAUGGCGGAGUUUUCACACGUAUUUGCUGAUUUUGAAAAGAUUGUGCAUGCUACUCUUGAUAACUAUGAGAUGAAUUCACAAAACGAAGAAGCUGAAGAAAGAAAUGAGGCACAUCACAAUUGGGUGGAUGAAGUAGCGAGAAGUGAGGGAAGAGGUACAACUGUUGGAGGUGGUGAGUUUAGCCCUAGCCACAUGAUCAUAAGAAUCAGGCCAGAAAAGAAAGAUCCUGCUGUUCUAACAAGAGAGGAGGUUCAGACACCACAAGUAUGGGCUCAAAUAUGCGUUCAAAGGAUGGUUGACCUGGCAAAGGAGAGUACUACGAUGCGAAGAGUAUUAGAACCAAUGUUUAUUUAUUUUGACAUGAAAAGACACUGGGUUCCUCAGCAUGGCCUGGCUCCUGCUGUUCUUUCUGAUAUGUCAUCCUUCGUGGAAAAUCCAGGACAUCAGCAAUUAAUUUUAGCUGGUGUUGUUCGGCAUUUGGACCACAAGAAUGUUGCGCAUGAUCCAGAGAUGAAAUGUCACAUCAUCCAGACGGCUAGCUGUUUGGCCCGCCAAGUGAGGGCAGAAGGCGUGAUUUCUGAUAUGGGGUUUGUUAGUGACCUCUUCAGACACUUACGCAAAAGCUUUCAAGCAACGGCUGAACCAGUUGGAGAGCAAGAACUGAAUGUGAAUACUGCAUUGCAGACUUCUAUUGAAACUUGUCUGUUGGAGACUGUGAGAGGGAUUGUUGAUGUCCGGCCGCUGUUUGAUAUGAUGGCAAUUACACUGGAGAAGCUUUCUCCGGUAAAAGCUGUUGCUAGGGCAGCCCUUGCCUCCCUCACUAUUCUUGCUCAUGUCAUAUCACUGGCAUCUAUAUCAUUCCGCUCUCAGCAGGUUUUCCCUGAGGCUCUUUUUGUUCAACUCUUGAAAGUGAUGUUACAUCCCGAUGUCGAAAUACGCAUUGGAGGGCAUCAGAUAUUCUGUGUUCUUCUAAUUCCAAGUUUUGCUCAUGCAAGAAGUGACUUUACUAACCACCCAAGAAGGUGGCACUCCAAAAGCAUGUCUACAUUUUCCUCAAUUGCAUUUCUGCUCGAAAAGCUUCGGUUGGAAAUAAAUGGAACCAAAUUCAAGCAUGGAGGUGAAAAAGAUGACUUUCAGCAGCUCAAUAAAGUUGAAGAAGAAUGGAAGCAUGGGAGAUCACACAAGAACUCUCCUAAUAUUCAUUUAAUUAGCUCCCUUAUGGACAAGGCCGGUGGACCUACUAGCUUGACUGAGACUGAACAGUAUUUUCUGCAAUGCAACGAGGACCAAGUAGUGCAGUUGCUGUCUGCUUUAUGGAUACAAGUCAAUCUCCCUGACAAUCUGCCAGCUAACCUUGAAGCUAUUGCACAUUCAUUCUGUUUAGCACUCAUCUCAUCACGACUUAAGAACUCCAACGAUAACCUUGUUCUCAGAUUCUUUCAGCUUCCCAUGUCAAUUCGAAAGAUCUCCUUAGAUGCCAAUAAUGUGUCCUUGUCACCCGCAUACCAAAGAUCCCUUUUUGUAUCAUCUACUGCCAUGGUGAUUUUUGCUGCGAAGCUAUACCAUGUAGCUGAUGCCAACAAUUUACUUAACUUGCUAUUCGAAUCUGAUGUCGAUCCAUAUCUUGGCAUCAGUGAUGACUUUCAAGUCUAUGUAAAGCCUCAGCAUGAAGUGAAAGAUUAUGGCUCUGCUUUCGAUAAUGAAGAAGCCUUAUCAACUCUGACGGAGCUGCGGGAUAAGGCUUAUGAAGCUGACAAAAAAUUGUUUUCCAUACUAGUUGAGAGUUUAUCUACCAUUACCAAGUUUGAGCCUGAAGAAGUUGCAGAGCAGCUCUCAGAAGGAUUUGUGCCCGAUGAAGCUUUCAUGUUUGGUUCACAAUUAACGCUCGACAUGGAUCAUAUCCAAAGGGCUGCACACUCCAAGGGGUCACAAUCGUUUGAUGGGGACUUCUCUGCCAAUUCUAUACUCGAAGAUGAUGCUAUGAGCAUAUCAUCAGUUGCUGACAUAUCACGCUUCAUCCCCAAUGUCCCUCCAUCCGCCUCUCCGUCAAUGUCCCAUAUUGUCAGCAUUGGUCAGCUGCUAGAAUCGGCUCUCGAGGUAGCUGGCCAGGUAGCAGGAACAUCAGUCUCCACAUCGCCCCUUCCGUAUAGUGCCAUGACAAAUCAGUGCGAAACCUUUGGUACAGAGACGAGGAAGAAGCUGUCUAAUUGGUUAACCUAUGACAACCAGUGCCCGAAAGCCUCCUGUAGCACGCAGACUGCAUUUGAGAAGAUAAUGAGUGAAGAGAGCGUUCCAGCUGCAAACAACACAUGGUUAGCUCUGAGGCUUCCGCCUUCUAGCCCCUUCGACAACUUCCUCAGAGCAGCUCGCGGUUAGAGAGCAGAGCAGAGGUGUGAAUGCUCCGAUAUUAUCUUGUAAAUUGUUAGAGCUGUGAGGCCGAGCGCAGAAACUUCUCUUUGUAUCCAUUAGCUGUUGCUUUCCAAAACCACUCUAUGUUCUUGUAUUCAGUAUCAGUAGUAGCUUUUUCAUGAUGUACAAGCAGAGAGCAGCAUUCUAUUAUCUGGAUUCUGGAAUAUCAGCAUCUCAUUUUAUUUUUGUUGCAAAA